CACAGCUGAUUUGGAUGAAAACGAACGCCGUGCGACGCAAAGCGACUGUCAUUUUUUUUAGCGGAGGGAACCAAACAAGACCAGUGAAAACACACGUCUCGUUUGAAGAUGGCCGAACCGUCGAUGCCGAAGACAGCUAUGUCGCAUGAAGAAGACAAGCAAUCUACGUGUAGUGGGGAACAGAACAUCACUGAAGAGAGCGUAAAAGAACUUUGUGAAGAGAUGAAUGAUUUGACCAGAAGGAUGAGAGAAAUUGGGAGAAAGCUCAACCGACUGAGAAUGGACUGUGCCCUUGUGACCAUAGAGCAAGCCACCCUCUGCGACCCCCUGACGCGCGACGCCCUCUCGCUGGCGCUGCAGGGGCAGGUCUACUUUACCUUCACGCCCGACCUGCCAGAGCCGUCGUGUGGAACGCCACACGAGGCCCAAGCCCUUCCUGCAUCGACGGAGCCGGUAGCUGCAGUUCGCGAAGAUGGAGGAGGAACGGGCGAGGGACUGCCCGAGUCUUCCCAGAGGAGCGCAGAGGAAGGAAAUCCACUCGACGCGAACGGGAGCAACAGGGAUCCCGGAGUGGCUGAACGGAGGACUUCCCAGCCGGACACGCAGCGCGCCGCCAGUUCCCUCGGGCACUUUGGCGUAGACGUUACCAAGCCGCCGCCAAGCCGAGAUCCCAUCCGCCCGGACGCCGUCGGUGGAAUGUACAGCGUCCCUCCUCCUUCCCUUCUUCCUCCCAAGCCCUACCAGCGUGACUCGGCUUCGCAUCCUUUUCCGCCGCCUCCGCCGCCUCCUCCUCCGGGAUGGAACGCCGAAAUCUACGCCAUUCCGCGCCAGACGGCAAUUCCGCCCGAGGUCGAUCUGUCGAAGCCUCCUCCGAGGUGGCCCCCGCGGGAGAAUCCUGAGGGCGAAGGCCGCGGCGCAGUAGACGAGAGUCCUAAUUAAAGCAACUCUCUUGGAGGACCAUCGGCAUUAUACCCAUUAUUUUUUACUUGACGUUGCUCUCGAAAUCGAGAUUUUUUUAUAAGCCUCGACUAAGAUCUGCUGGAAAAUGUUAUUAGUGAAUCUAAGUUCACAGUCUUUCUCCUUUUUUUUUACUGAAAAUCAUUUGUUUCACUUUUUCUAAGUAGGCUGAAGAACAAAUGUUCAACAAUAAGUCUUUAUGUUUUCGUUUUAUAAUUUUAGUCUAAGAUUCCAUCAUUUUCUGUCGUUUUUUUCUUGUCCAGUGUAGAUUUAACUCAAAGUAAGGAAACGAGUAUAUGCAAAUUAACUCAUUAUGUUAGCCAUACGAUUCUAAGACAUAUGUUUGUAUGUCAUUUUAUGACAUUUCUGAUAGGAAUAUAUUUUUACUUGCAACGCAUUCUCUGAAUCAGCAAAGUAAAUUUUUGU